CGCGAGACUUGGGCCGGCCCGGCGCGGCGAGGCCGAGGCGCUCCGGGCCUCUUUUCAAACCCAGCGGUAGCGGGGCCGCGGCCCGGCGACGAAAUGGCGGAGAACGACAAGCCGGAGGCUGCGGCCGCCGCGCCGCAGUGCGGAGUGGAGGAGGCCGCCCCCGCCAACCCGCCGCCGCCGCCGCCACAACAACAGCAGCAGCAGCAGCAGCAACAGCCGCCGCCGCAACAACAGCCGCUACAACAGCCGCCACAGGAUCAGGAGGCGGCGGCAGCAGCGACAGCGGCAGCAGCCGAGAGCGGCGGGGGCAGCGCUAAUGGCGUCAAAAUGGAUAAUGAUGAGACGGCAAAAGAAGAGAAAGCACCUGUGAAAGAGAAGUACAUUGCAAAACCGAAGGCAAUCCCUUCUCUUGGAAACAAGAAUAGAUUCCAUCCCUAUUCAAAGGACAAGAAUGCAGGCACUGGAGAGAAGAAGACUAUUAAUCGUAAUAGAGUUUUUAUUAGCAACAUCCCAUAUGACAUGAAAUGGCAAGCUAUUAAAGAUCUUAUGAGAGAGAAAGUUGGUGAGGUUACAUACGUGGAGCUGUUUAAGGAUGCUGAAGGAAAAUCAAGGGGUUGUGGUGUGGUUGAAUUCAAAGAUGAAGAAUUUGUUAAGAAAGCAUUAGAAACUAUGAACAAAUAUGAUCUUAGUGGAAGACCCCUGAAUAUUAAAGAGGAUCCUGAAGGUGAACAUGCUCGUAGGGCAUUACAGCGUGUAGGAGGACAGUUUCCAGGAGGACAUGGACCCGAUGUGGCACCUGGAAUAAUGAAUUUGCCACCUUCUAUUCUCAAUAAUCCAAACAUUCCUCCUGAGGUUAUCAACAACUUGCAGGCAGGCAGGCUUGGGUCCACUAUUUUUGUUGCUAAUCUUGACUUUAAAGUUGGGUGGAAGAAACUGAAGGAGGUAUUCAGCAUUGCUGGAACUGUGAAGCGUGCAGACAUCAAAGAAGAUAAAGAUGGCAAGAGUCGAGGAAUGGGAACAGUUACCUUUGAACAAGCGAUUGAAGCUGUUCAAGCAAUAUCUAUGUUCAAUGGACAAUUCCUGUUUGAUAGACCCAUGCAUGUUAAAAUGGAUGACAAAUCGAUUCCUCAUGAAGAUUUCCGUGUUGCAGACAGCAAAACUUCACAAUUACCUCGUGGUCUUGGUGGCAUUGGUAUGGGACUCGGACCAGGUGGACAGCCCAUCAGUGCAACACAGUUGAGCAUGGGUGGUGGAAUGGGGACCGUGGGUCCAGGAGGUAUGGGAAUAGACGGUCCAGGAUUUGGUGGAAUGAAUAGAAUGGGAGGUGGACUUGCUGGAUUUCGUGGAAUUGAAGGAAUGCCUAACAUGGGAGGAUUUGGAGUCAGCCGAAUGGGAGAAAUGUUCCGUGGUGGAAUGGGAGGAAAUAUGGACCGAGAAUUUGGUCGUAGUGACAUGGCAUUGAACCGUGGGUUUGGAGAUUCUUUUGGAAGGAUGGGUGGUGCAAUGAUUGGUGUUUUUGCAGGAGGAAUGGGAGCGCCUAGCAUGGGCCCAGUAAGAUCUGGAAUGAGUGGUGGAAUGGGUGGUAUGAACAGUAUGGCUGGAGGAAUGGGAGUGGAUCGGAUGAGUUCUGGUUUUGAUCGAAUGGGACCAGCUAUGGGUGGAGGCCUGGAAAGGAACAUUGAUAUUGAUCGAGGAUUUGUGCCUGGCCCGAUAGGAGGUGGCAUGAGAGAAAGAUUAGGCUCUAAAGGCAACCAGAUAUUUGUGAGAAAUCUUCCUUUUGACUUGACCUGGCAGAAGCUAAAGGAGAAAUUCAGCCAAUGUGGUCAUGUAAUGUUUGCAGAAAUAAAAAUGGAGAAUGGAAAAUCAAAGGGCUGUGGAACAGUCAGAUUUGACUCACCAGAAUCUGCUGAAAAGGCCUGUAGGAUAAUGAACGGCAUAAAAAUCAGUGGCAGAGAAAUUGAUGUACGCUUGGAUCGCAAUGCAUAAUUUAAAACUGUGUUCAGGAACAUUCCUAUGUCUGUUUAGCUUCUCUUAUCCUAGUAAGUCAUUUUUAGUAACAUUGUAUGCUUACAAAAACUGUAAAAAGGAACUUUUAAAUCCCACCAGCCUUUAACAGUAUAGUGUUUAAUAUACUGUGAUACUUGUUAACUGAAUCUUACUAUGUUUGGUUUUUAAAGACAAUUUGCCUGAUUUUUGUUGUUUUUUUUUAGAGGCACUGAGCACCUGCAGGUCCCUGUAGACCGUGGAAGCUUUGGAUGCUCAGCGCCUUUGGAAAAUUAGGCCAAGUGUCUCUAGUCAUUCAGUUUAAAUGAAUGGUUAUACUGUUUUUAAUAAAAUAAGCCAUUUUCUCUGUUAAUCUCAAGAUUGCAUAGUGGGAUUUGUUUAGUGUUUUCUGAUUUUUAUUUUUUUCCCCCUCAGCGUGUAUCAACAUUGUAAUGUAAAAACUAGAUGUCUUUUUUCAGAAUUUUGGUUUUAUAUGUGCGUUGUAGUCAUACUGUAAUUCUUGACUCUAAAAGAAAGGGCUCCAAUUAGGCUGUGAUGUUUUCGUUCUACUUAAUAUUACUGUAAUGACAUGACUUAGUUCUGUAAAUAAGAUUUAGAGCCCAAUGGGAGUUUUGAUUAUUUUUUUUUUAUUUUGACUAAAUGAAGAAACCAGUCUUUCUCUCCUGCUUUUUAUUUUUUUCAUCAGUAUAAUAACUGAUUAAAACUAGUUACCACAGACCCUUGUAGGAUUGUUGCCUAUGAUGCCAAGUUCAUAUAAAAUUGCUAAAACAGUAAAUACUAAGUACAGUACAAGACAAAUUCCUCCCAACUUUUUAUCUAUUUUCCAGCCAUUCAGAUGAACUGCCAGAAAAAUAAAACCAACAGAACAGAUAAGAGAAAUGGCUGUGUAUGUCAAACCACUGCUGUUCACUUCUAUGGGUCCUGAUGUAUUUAUGAAGGCAGUUUUUAUAAACCAGGGUAUUCCCAAACAGAGCAUAUCAAAUACAUUGGAUCCUACAAUGUUAGACAUAGCCAUAUCUCCAUUUCCUGUAAAAGAAGAAGUACAAAUAAGUCUGCUUAAUUGUAUUAUACGAAGCUGCUAAACUGUUUUGGAGGAACAGGCUGUCAGCCUUCAGUUUCUUACAGAGCACCCUUUUCAGACUUUGCAUUGAAAGAAUUAUAGUCACGAUUCUACAGAAUAUGGUUUUGGGUACCACAAGCAUUAAAAUAAAUAAUAUAAAAAAGGUCUCCCUAAAUCACCAGCAUCUGCACAGUUGCACUUAAGAUAAGCUAGACAGGCUAUUAUAAAAUCCAGUCAAGUUGAAAAUACCAAGACCUACAGUUCUGUUUUGCAGUAAAACUAACACUUGAUCAACAACAAAACAAACUAGAAUACUUCUCUGAGAUACUGAGAGGUUUUUAAAAGUCUGAGCCACAGCUGCUUCAGGUAAGCUAUUUAUUUAUUAUUAGUAAAUUAAGCUCUAGAAUUCGGAGCAAAACUUUUGAAGUUACUCCUUGAAUUUCUGGAAAUGUUGACUAGAAUUCUUUUUUUCUUGGUACCUUUUAAAGACAUGCAUUGGAAUGAGCCUGAAUACUAAAAUCUUUACCUUUUCGAGCCACCAGCACGCUUGCAACUGUAUCUGGUACACUUGUUCCUGCUGCUAGUAAUGUGAGACCCAUUACUGACUCUGGAAUUCCCAGUGUUUCACCUGCAGUUGAUAAAUAACGGUAGAAAAUGCAAGUAUGUUUUUAGUGUAAGUUUCAUCUGAAGAAGUUGUUUUGGACUUUGUUUGCUGGAGAAAGGAUUAGUAAUCAUACAGUCAUUUCAAAAGGAAUGUGUCAGCUAACUCAACUAAAUAUGAAGUGACUGAACCAUGAAAUAGUUAAAAAAAAGAACAACAACAAAGAAAGAAGUCCUUGUUCUUCAGUCAAAUAGAAAAAGAAUUGUAGUAUAGUAACUGUCUUUAAGUUCCUCAAAGACCUGCAUGGAAUGUCUCCAGUGGUCAAGACAAUAGCAAUUAUUAAUUUUCUUGUUUCAGAUACAGUAGAAGUUUAAAUACCUAACAAUUUACUUUUUUUUUUCUUUUUUUUUUUUUCCUUGUAGAAAAUAUAAUAAUGUCUUCUAUGUUUUUGGGCAUCUCAUUGUUAGUGCUCAAAGCUCAUGAAGCAAUAACUAUAACCACCCUCUUUAAAGGUAGGGGGGAAUAAAGCACAUGAAUUUACUUGGGGAGGAGGGUCAUUGGGAUCAUUACUACAGUACUGUCUCUACAUGGCCUUACCAUUUCACUCCAGUUAGAAAGUUCUUUUGUUGGAUUUUGAAGAAUCAAAAUGCAGAAUUUUUAUAUGACUUUUAAGUGCAAGUAAUCUUUUAGAAGUGUGAGUUUCUUCAGGUAAAUACUGGUUUAAAUUAAUAAAAGUUUAAUUGUUACUGAAACAGCAGCUUAUUUUUCCCCACUUGUUUUUUAGCCUUACAUGUCCUGUAAGCAUACUAAUUUCUCACUUAAAAUGCAGGGAUUCAGAUCUUCAAAACUGUUUUAGCAGCUGUACCAUUCAAAAGCAUCGAUACGCUGAAGUAUUUGAUACCUCUAUUCAAACUAUUAAGUUACUAGUUUUUCUUAAACUUUUUUGUUCACUAAAAAGUACCUUAAUAUUUUUUUUUUGAAAUCUGAAUUCUUACUUGCAAUAUUUGAACACGAAUAAGAACAGUUUUCUUAAAGUAAGAGGCAGUGCUCUGUAAACUUAGGUCAGCAAUGCUUGCCUAAUACAUACCAGCUUAGUCUAGAUCAGCCCAGUAAAUUUAUGUUUGAAACUAUUUGUUGGUUCAGAGGGACUAACAUGUUCCUGUUGCAGAAUUUGUACUGGUAUUUAUUCUUCCAUCACUGCUAAUGUAAGAGACUUGUAGGAUGAGGGACUGACAAGAUCAGCUUUUAUAAACCAUUCAGGCUGGAAAAUAAUAGGGUCACGCCAAGCAAACCAAGGUGAAUACAGCCUUAUGUACCCAACGGUAGUUUCUAGCCCUCUGAAGGUUGUAAGAAAGAAUUUAAACUCAGGUGAAUCUAAUUUUUCUGUUAUUAGAUAGAUUUAUUUUCCAUUUAAUGUGUAGUUGUUUUUGGGUUUUGUUUUGGGUUUGUUGUUUUUUUUUUUUUUUUCUGGCAACUGACCAUAAAAGAGAGAAUGGUCUUAUUUUUCUAGCCUUUAGUUAAUUUUGUGCAUUGGUAGCAGUAUCCUGCUGUAAGUAGUCAAAUUUUCUUUGCUAGCAACAAAAAGGUGUACUAAGUUAGGUUUGUUCUUGACCAUCAAAAUUUAGUCCCCAGCUAUGCUACCGUCAUGACAUUCUGAUAGGCUGUAUAUGCAAUGAUAGAAUCUUUGAGUCAACCUUCAUGAAAGAACCUGGACUUGAAUGUAAUGUGUGUGUAACUUUUAGCAUUUUAACGUGUAAAUAGAACAUAUUUGACAUAGAAGUAGUGGGCCAAAGACCCCAUAUUGCUUGUGAUGGCUCUUCAAAUUGGACUAACACUAAUACACUGUUUGAAUCUCCAGUGUACCUGCUUUCAUAUGAAUUAGUGGUUUGUCUAGUAGAACAGCCAUAACUUUCAUUUGAAUCCUGUUUCAAAGGCUUCUAGCAUUCAGACAGUAAACCCUUGCCCUUUAGUUACAAGUGGAAAAUUAUUUGGCCAAGGAGUGAACCUGGUGGGUGUUUUAUCCAGUGACCUACUAGUAAUUUCUCAAAGGUUUAUCAAACGUGUAGGUCUGUUUCUGCACUGAACAAGGAGUUAUUCAUUGAACUUAAGUUGAAAACGAGUUUAGGGUGCUGAACUAGCAGAACACUUGAGUAGGAUUAGUGAGCUAUAAUGUGGAAAUGGCAAGCUUUGUAACAUUUUGUUCUUGUUUAGAGAUUUGUUUUCUGCUUGUUCUUAAAAUGAAAAACUGGAUUUUUUUUUCAGGCUGACUGGAGAAACAGUGAAAUGAGGAGACUUUUAGUACCUUAAGAUAUUUUUAAGAGAAUGUUUUUACACAGAAGUUCAUACCCCUUCUGUCACUUAAAUGCAAUUCUUUCACUGCUUCACUUUAUGAUGCACAAUUGUAAGAGGUAUACAUAUACACACCCCAAGAAUGUUUAAUAAACGCAUGAUGCUGUAGUUGAAAUAAAAUAGGGCAAAAAUUUGGGAGGCUUUUUUGGCAGUUAAUGCAAAAUCUCUUACUGUAGUGUUCGAGAAAAAUGUAGGUAUAGAGAUAAUGAAUCUUCUGCAGAACCCUGAACUUUAAAUUUCAGUCUUGGUGGAUUCCAUGUUUGUCUGACUUCAGCUUGACUAGUUUAUUGCUGUGUAUCUGACAGUAUCACUUCUUGAAGCAGUUUAAUGAAACUUUUUCUUUUUUUUAAUAUAGGCUGGGUUUUGUAGCUAUGUAAACAUUCAUGUGAUGGUAAGCAGUCUGAAGCAGCUAAACUCUGAAUGGUUUUCUUUAGAUGGAAGAAGGUGGCAAACUAAGCAGUCAAACAUAAGUUUUUAUUGGUUUUGUUUGCUGUGUUUUUUACAGCAAAGUAUGUGUUGCUAAACUGACUGUUAAUUGUGGAAGGGAAAACUCUUUGCAGGGAGAAAACUUUUUUCAGUGAUUCUAGACUAGUUGAUUCUGUAUAGCAGCAGCACUUUAGGUACCUACCUGCUAUUGUUACCAUCCAUACAAGAACGUAAGUUAUUGCAGAAAUCCAUGCUGCUGAAAUUAAAAAUGUCACCAUGAACCAGUUCCUCCAAAACUGUCUUCUGCAAUCUGGUAUAGUCAAGUAGAAUAGUGUAAUAAUAGGAAGGGAUAACACCCACAAAAUUCUCUUCAUGUCUGCUUCAGGCAUGGUGAAGACACUUGGAUGAUCUGUUGAAGAAAAAGUAACGAUUUUAAAUUGUAGCAUUAAGUUUGAAUCCAUAGCUUACAGGCAUAUUACUGGCCUCUGCUUGUGAGAAUACUGGGAAAAGGUAAAAAAUACUUCGAAGUUCUAGCUGUAGUCUUACCCAGUAUCUACAUCACACUGGACAAAACUCUGAAAUGUUUUAUUACCAUGUCACUAUAGGAGAGAAAUAAUGUGGAUGAAAAGCAAACUUUUCUGUAAAGGUUUACAUAAAUUUUUACCAAGAGUAAGUACCAACUGCUGUUUUUCGCCUAAGUAAAGAGGAAUCUGAUGAUCUGUGGCUACAUCAUAGCUAUUCCUCUACUUCUGAUAUCAUGCAUAUUUUUGGCUACAGACCUGCCAUUGUCGUAAGAGAAUAGUAUACAUUAGUACUGUACCGAUGUGUCUUUCGGCUGCAUGUUACAAGCAGUGUUGCUGGGAAGUUUCAUAUGUGCAUUGCAAAGGCUGAUGGAAGUCUGCUGUUACAACUGACACAAUGAGCAACUUUCCUAGCAUUCCUCUAGCAGCUAACUUCAUAUAAAUACUCUCACUCUGAUUUUGCUUGAUGUUAUAUUCCAGGGAAGAAUCAUUUAAUUAAAUACUAUGCUGGAGGUUUUUUGUGAACAAAAUCUUAGUGUAUCAGAAUCUGCUUUUAUUAGUACUAAUGCAGACAGGCAUGCGGAGCGCCAGAGACAACUGUAAUAACACUUAUACCUGCAGAGAUUUUAUCAAGCCCAUGCAAGCUUGUUGAAAGUUGGGAAUAGUUCAGCUCGUCCUGAAAAAUUCCACUAUCUGUUCUCGACUGUUGACAAAUCAGAGGUCCGCUCUCUUCCCUCCAUCCAACCAGUGGCUGCUGCUCAGCGUUCUCUUCCAUAGCUUUUGUAAAACAUGUACAGCAGGGACUGAACUUUUUCAUGAGGUAUUGGUUGAUUUUAAUGUCAAAACAUAGUACCAGAAUAUAGCACCCGUAUGUCAAUAAUAAGGAUGCACUUUCAUACCUAGAAUGAAAAAAUAGAUUUUACAUAACAUGUAAUAUAAAGAUACCCUCUGACUCUCUUAACUUGCUAAAAUGGCUGUUGUAAGGAGAGGGAGAAAAUUUGCAUGAGUAGCAAAAGGAAAACACACAAAAGCAUAUAUUUGCAGUUGUAUGGCUGGUGUUAUGGAAGUUCAUGAGUGUCCCCAUGUCUUUCAGGAGUUUGAUUAAUACCCCUCCCCUGCUUAAUCUUCUUUGUGUAUUUGUAUAGCUGCAUGUUUUCCAGGGUAUCUUACUGAUGUUUGCAAAAUUGAGACUUCAUAUGAUAGAGAGGGAUAGUAUGUGCUAUUUUGAGUUCAAAACUUCAGAGAUCCGGUGCUGGACCUGAGUUGUUGAGGCAACAGGAGUUUCGGUGUUGAUGGAAGAGUUAAAACAUCAGAAGCUCAUGAUCCGCUGCUUCCGGUAGACAAAUGUUUUUCUUAACAGUGAUGCUAUCAAAAGAAAGGCUCAAAAGGAGUAACCUAUGAAGACUAAUUGCUGUGGCAGAACAGUUACAGAAAUUGUGAAGUCUGUACAGACAAACCUAUGCAGAUCAAACUUCAUAAAUAUGCAGGGUUUGAAUGUUUAGUUAAUAAUCUUUUACAAGCAUUGUGACUUUCUGUUUUUUGAAACCCACAGGAUGUUUAUUUCUGUUAGUGAAUGGCAGUUCAGGCUACUUGAAGUUCGGGUUUUUUUUUUCAAAAUGCUGUCUCACUAAUCUCCAGUCAACAUGAAUUUGACACUACUUGUGCUCUUACCAGUAAAUUCUGUUGUCAGAUAUCAUCGCAAGGACCGCCGCUACGCUAAUUGUAUAUGCCAGACAGUCUCUAAACAGCGGCCAACAGGAUAGCCUCGAAACCUGCAGAUCACAGAUUCAUUUACUUUUCUUAAACUUGUCUGUAAUACUUUCACUAAGUGCUGUAAAUGCUGCAUCAAUAUGUUGUUUCUAUAUUAUGUAAAAAUUUAAGAUUCUUAGGAAUGACUUGAGUAUGAUAUUUAACAAGGUAGUGUUUUUAAAAACUUUCAUAGCAAGUUAUCUUAACUGAUUACAUGCUGGUUUUGCUACUAAAUAAUAAACUUGGCAGUUGUCAUA